AUCAUAAUCAUUGCAAAGCAGAAUUUGCAGAAUUUUCGAACAAUAACGUGCCGAGGCGACGAUUCCAAUUCCAUUUUACCAAUUUAAUAGUCAAAAAAAGUAAAAAUGGUGGUCCAGAGCUCAGAACCUGCUAUACAGGAUGUUGAAAUGGAGAGUGCAGAAGACAUCGAAGCAACGAAAAAAGACGCGGAACUGAUGAACAUUCAAGAGAUUCGCGAACACACUCGGCAAAUUGACAAAGCCGUGACCAAUAAGGAACCGAGAUUUAUACUUCGAGUGCUACGAUCCUUGCCAAAUACAAGAAGAAAAUUAAGUUUGGUAGUAGUUCGAUCGCUGGUGGUGCAGUUGUAUCCGGCCGGAGCUGAAAGGGAUGGCGUAUUAACAUACAUAGAAGAAUAUCCGGAUGGAACUCAGGAACCCGAACUUCCCAGGCCGCGCGCCGCCAUCAAGAGUCCGAUACCAGAAGUGGAUGCUUACUUUCAUUUGUUGUUGUUAGUAAGAUUACUUGAUAAAAAGGAACUUGAAAAAGCUUCAAAAUGUUCACAGGAUUUAAUGUCGAAAAUUGUUGGACAGAAUAGAAGAACAUUGGAUUUGGUAGCGGCAAAAAGCUACUUCUACCAUUCUAGAGUUGCUGAAUUGAACGGAGAAUUAGAGAGUAUUCGUGGCUUUCUUCAUUCUAGAUUGCGAACUGCCACCCUGCGUAACGAUUUUGAAGGGCAAGCAGUUUUAAUCAAUUGCUUGCUCAGAAACUAUUUACAUUAUUCAUUAUAUGACCAAGCGGACAAGCUAGUAAACAAAUCUGUAUUUCCGGAAACCGCUAGUAAUAACGAAUGGGCUCGUUUCUUGUAUUAUCUGGGACGUAUCAAGGGUGCUAAACUUGAUUACAGUGCAGCUCAUAAACAUCUUGUUCAAGCAUUACGCAAAGCUCCCCAACAUGCAGCAGUUGGCUUUCGCCAGACUGUUCAGAAGCUAGUUAUCGUGGUGGAGCUUUUGUUAGGUGAUAUACCGGAGCGACAAAUUUUCAGACAGGCUGCUCUGCGCCGUUCUCUUGGGCCCUACUUUCAACUCACGCAAGCAGUGCGCCUUGGAAAUCUGCAGCGUUUCGGAGAGGUCCUUGAAAAUUUCGGCGAUCAAUUUCGUCAGGAUCACACAUUUACUCUAAUUAUUCGUCUGCGCCACAACGUUAUUAAAACUGCUAUUCGUUCUAUUGGCCUGUCCUACAGUCGUAUAAGUCCUCAAGAUAUUGCGCUAAAGCUAGGUUUGGAUUCCCCGGAGGACGCCGAGUUUAUUGUUGCAAAGGCCAUUCGUGACGGUGUUAUCGAAGCAACUCUUGAUCCGGAAAAGGGCUACAUGCGUAGCAAGGAGAGUACUGAUAUUUAUUCGACACGUGAGCCUCAAUUGGCAUUUCAUCAAAGAAUCAGUUUUUGUCUUGAUUUGCAUAAUCAAAGCGUUAAGGCUAUGCGUUAUCCGCCGAAGUCCUACGGCAAGGAGCUUGAAAGUGCAGAAGAGCGACGCGAACGAGAACAACAAGACCUCGAACUUGCUAAGGAAAUGGCCGAAGAAGACGAUGAUGGUUUCUAAAUGGUUUGUCUCUACUCACCUGGGCGUAUAAUGAAAUGAUAAUACCUAUAUAAGAAUUAAUUACCAUGUUCAACAAUGUAACUUGCAGGAUACACAUUUUUGGUUUGCAAUAAAGCUCAUUUUGU